GAGCCGCCGCCGCCGCCGCGGCCGCCACUUCCCCGCGGGGCGCAGCCAGGGACGCACCCACGGGAGACGGCGGCGUCUAGAGGGGAGGAACCGGGGGAGGGCAGCCCCUCUCUGCCGGGCGUUCCUGGUUGCUUUGUUUUUCUCCUCCUUCCCCCAUAAACUUUAUUCUAUUUUUUAUUAUUAUUAUUUUUAUUAUUAUUAUUUUUAUUGUUGUGUUUUGUUUUGUUUGUUUUCCCCUGGGAUUUUCCUGCAUGGUCUGAACGCAGCUUCAUGUCCACCCGGCCAUGCCUGGCUCCGCUCCCGACCCGCUGCCAUGUUCCUCUGAGUAACCACCUCGGCACCGUCGGGGCGCAGCCGGCCGGGCCCUGAGCAGCCGUCGCCGCCGCUGAGGACGGAACAUGUAUCAGGGUCUGGCUCUCGCCCCCAACCAUGGCCAGUCGGCUUAUUCCCACGACUCCAGCAACUUCCUCCACUCGUCGGCCGGCUCGCCCGUCUACGUGCCCACCACCCGGGUACCCUCCGUUCUCCAGACGCUGCCCUACCUGCAAGGCUGCGAGCCGCACCAGAGCCACCUCGGCAACCCCCCGGGCUGGGGGCAGAGCGGCAGCGAGGCCGCUGCCUUCAACGCCGGCAGCCCCCACCCGCCGUCGGGCUUCUCCUACUCCCACAGCCCGCCGGGCAGCAGCCCCACGGGCCGCGACGGUGCCUACCAAGGGUCCCUGCUGCUGGGCGGCGGGGGCCGGGAGCAGUACGGCAACGCUUUGGUGCGCUCCGUUAACGGGUCCUAUUCCAGCCCUUACCCCGCCUACGUGACCCCAGAGAUACCGCCUUCCUGGACGGCCGGACACUUUGAGAGCAGCGUGCUGCACAGCCUGCAGACGAGGCAGGCGGCUUUACCCGGCCGCAGGUCCACCUUCGAAUAUCUGGAGGAGUUCCCCGGGGACGGCCGGGAGUGCGUGAACUGCGGGGCCAUGUCCACGCCGCUCUGGAGGAAGGACGGCACCGGGCACUACCUGUGCAACGCCUGCGGGCUCUACCACAAAAUGAACGGCAUCAACCGGCCGCUCAAGCCGCAGAAGAGGCUGUCUUCAUCUAGACGUGCUGGCCUCUGUUGCACUAACUGCCACACAACCAACACCACCCUCUGGAGAAGGAACGCCGAAGGGGAGCCCGUCUGCAAUGCCUGUGGGUUGUACAUGAAGCUCCAUGGGGUACCACGACCUCUGGCCAUGAAAAAGGAAAGCAUCCAGACGAGGAAAAGGAAGCCUAAAAACAUUACCAAAGGCAAAACCUCAACAGGGUCUACGACCUCAGCCACGAACUCCCCCUCUUCCAUCACCAACUCCGACAGCACGGUCACUUUAAAGUCAGAGCCCAGUGCCACCUCACAGUACCCCGGACAAACCAUCGUGUCAGUGUCCCAGGCACAGAGCCAGUCAGACGAGGGGAUGGCCGGUGCCCACGGCGACUUCAAAUUCGAACCUGAGGACUACACCUUCUCCCCCACCAGCAUGACCCCCCAGCCUGGGCUGAGCAUGCCGCUCCGGCAGGACUCCUGGUGUGCCCUGGCACUCGCCUAGAGACCCCCGACCUCCAGCAAGAAGCCUGGGGACCAAGGUUUUUUGGCUGGCCCUGCUAAGGGCUGGCAGGCAGGACGGGCUGCCCCAGUGCUCUGGGGCUGCGGGCAACGAGCGUGGCCAGAGGACAGGUUUCUCUUGGAGGAUGCACGUGGAAAACACUGGCUGGACAGGGCUGGGAUGGCCCUGCUGUGGCUCCAGCUCCCCAAAAAGCUCAUCCUUGGCUGGAGUGACCCAGGGUUGCUUCCCUGAGGCUGGAGCUCUGGGGCCACCUUCCUUUUCCUGGGGAAAGCCUUCUUCCUUUGAGAUGAAACCAGCAAAUAAAUGCAUCCCAGAAUCUAUGUUUAUUCGCAGUGAUUUCUCCCUCCUAUGACUCCUCUGUGUGCAAUUUAUUCCACUUUCCAAUAAAAACUGUAAUAACAUGGCACCAAAUAACUUAAUUUUAUUAAAAUGUAAACUGUGUGGCCUUCUUCAUGUUUUAUUGGCCACAACAGGAAGAAAAGAAAAAAAAAAAAAAAAAGAAAGCAAAAAAGAAAGCACAACAGUUGUUUAAAACAUUUACUGUUUUGUAUUAAAAACAAACAUCUCUAUAGAGUGUUAGCUUCUGAAGCAUUUAGCAUAUCAACACUGAGCUGAUGAGUCAGACAUGAAAUAAACACGCUGCUCUUCCCUUUCCAGCUCCAAAUAUUUUUUUUAUUUUUAUUCUGAUGUUAGGCAAACCACAUGACAAACAUGGUCAAAACCGCCCAAUAAUAAAAGAAUACUGAAAUGCU